UCACCGGUGCAACCUCGUCAGUUGUCCGGAACCAAACGUCUAUCAGCAAUUCAAACACUCCAACAGUAACUUAACACUGCAAAUUUAGCGUGGUUAGUGAGUUUUGUAGCCAUGUCUUUCGAACUCGCUUUUGGUUCUCGUGUUGCCUCCAUUAUGGAAGCUUUGACGGAAAAAGCCGUGCAAGACAUCUGUCAACUUAUGGGAGAAACGUAUGCUGCUCUUCGAGUGGAAAUGUUGCAAGAACAAAAUCAAAGUUCGAUAAAGUUACAGGCGAUUGCAAAUAACAUCGAGAAGGAGAAGCCAGCGAACUGCAUGGAGAUAAUUCAAAAACCAGCUUCCCCAACAGUUUUGAGAGACUUCCCAGUCGUGGAGCAAAUCCUCAAUGAACAAGAGGCCAAUGGUCUUUGGCUAGAAGGUCACCUUACUGUUGAAGACGAAGGUCCACCGUCACUGGUACCAGAGGAAGAACAGCCAUCACAGGCUUUUGGUCAGAUGACAGACAUGGGGGUGGAGACAUGGCCUGCACCACCUGUCAUAAAACAGGAGGAAAUGGAUGAUGACGACAUGGAGUCUCAAGGUUAUGGCAAGGAUAUUCCAGACACUCACAAGGCCAGCCAGAAUAUCACAGGAGAUAGUGAUGAGGAAGAGAGAAGUCAAGCCUCUGGGGGAUCCAGAGAACUUGGACUCGAUGACUUCAAGAGAGAAGAGAUUCUGUUGCUGGUGUCAGCUGAGGAUGCUCCGGCACCCACGAAGAAGAAAUGUAAUAAAAGGUACAGCUGUGAAAUAUGUGGAAGGACCGAGAGAAAAAAACGCAGAAUGACAAGUCACAUGAUAACACACACAGGGCUGCCCUUUAGCUGCGAUAUCUGUGGUGAGAAAUUCAUGUUUCAGAAUUACUUGAACAGACACCAGCGAUUCAAACACACAGUGAAAACCUACAGUUGCUCUGUGUGUGAAAAAACCUUCCGGCAGGCCACAUCUCGCGACAGGCAUGAGCGUGGUCACGCUGGAAAAAACUAUUGGUGCUCCAACUGUGGUGAGAUGUUCAGGGAGCGCGGGGAUCGUGACGCGCACGAGUGCAUUGAUUACAAAGGAGAACGUCCCUUCAGCUGUUCAGAGUGCAGUGAAGCCUUUCAAAGGCAGUACCAUCUCAAAAGACACCAGCUGGAAAAACACCCUCUAAUGGUGGAGCAGACUGUCGACCCAGAAAAUAGAGUUGAGGAGAAAAGCGAAAAACCCUGCAGUUGCUGUGUGUGUGGAAUGAUGUUUGUAUAUCCUAAAUCGCGGGACACCCAUGAACGUAAACACAUUGGAGAAGACUACUGGUGCUCAGGAUGUGGCAAGACGUUCAAAGAACGCCAGGGUCGCGAUACGCACAAGUGCAUUGUUUACAAGGUAGACCGGCCCUUCAGAUGCUCCGAGUGCAAUGAGGACUUUGAAAGACAGUACCUUCUCAAAAGACACCAGCUCGAAAAACACCCUCUAAUGGUGGACCAGCCACAUCCCAGUCAUGAUACAUUGUUUUGUAUGGUUUAAAAAAAAUAAUGACCAUGCCCAGACCUAACUGCUCACACCCCCCUCAGCCCCUGCCUCAAACUCCACCAUUUUGUCUCUCUCCAUUGUUCAACAUUUAUUUACUUUGUAAUACUUCUGACAGCACACUUUCUAACUCUGCCUGUAACCUUUGGAUUUUAUAGCAUUCCCAGAAGGUAUGGAUUGUCAAUUUAAAUAUUAUUCAUUACUACAUUUAGCUAACAUUAGAUAGAUAUUCUAGAGAUUCUUACCCUUGCCUUGAUUCGGCAUUCCAGAUCAUCAUGGUAUUUGUAGUUUAUGAUACACAUUAGCAACUAAUUAGCAUUUCAUUUAGGGGGGGGGUAAAUAUAUUGAUACACCACCUUGUCCUAGAGAGAUUUACACCUAUCAAAACGUCACAGGGUAAGCCUACACAAAACACAGCCCAUAUUUUAAGUGUUUCUAAAAUCCCCAAUGGGAAAAUGAAUGGUG